AUGACAACCAGCAGCCGCACAUGUCCAGUACCAACAGUGAAUGGACAUAUGAAUCACUAUCCAACAGCCCCAUAUCCAUUACUUUUUCCUCCAGUCAUCGGUGGACUUUCACUUCCUUCCCUUCAUGGACUCCAGGGUAACCCACCAACAAGGGGAUGCAGCACCCCAUCACCUGCAACCAUCGAAACUCAGAGCACCAGUUCUGAAGAACUUGUCCCAAGUCCACCUUCCCCACUUCCUCCCCCUCGUGUUUACAAGCCCUGUUUUGUCUGUCAGGACAAGUCAUCUGGAUAUCAUUAUGGCGUCAGUGCCUGUGAGGGAUGUAAGGGGUUUUUCCGCAGAAGUAUUCAGAAGAACAUGGUUUACACGUGUCACAGAGAUAAAAACUGCGUUAUUAAUAAAGUCACUAGAAAUCGCUGCCAGUACUGCAGACUACAGAAGUGCUUUGAAGUGGGAAUGUCCAAAGAAUCAGUCAGAAAUGACAGGAACAAAAAGAAGAAAGAGCCUUCAAAGCAAGAGUUUACUGAAAACUAUGAAAUGACAGCAGAGUUGGAUGAUCUCACUGAGAAAAUUCGAAAAGCUCACCAGGAAACCUUCCCCUCUCUCUGCCAGCUGGGGAAAUACACUACGAACUCUAGCGCAGACCAACGGGUUCGACUGGACCUUGGGCUUUGGGACAAAUUCAGUGAACUUGCUACAAAGUGCAUUAUUAAAAUAGUGGAAUUUGCAAAACGAUUGCCUGGCUUUACAAGUUUGACCAUUGCAGACCAGAUCACCCUGCUUAAAGCAGCCUGCCUGGACAUCUUGAUCCUUAGAAUUUGCACAAGAUACACACCAGAGCAAGACACUAUGACAUUUUCAGAUGGCCUUACCCUAAACCGAACUCAGAUGCACAAUGCUGGAUUUGGUCCGCUAACUGACCUUGUGUUCACAUUUGCCAACCAACUCCUGCCUUUGGAAAUGGAUGACACAGAAACAGGCCUACUUAGUGCCAUCUGCUUAAUUUGUGGAGACCGCCAGGACCUUGAAGAACCAGCAAAAGUGGAUAAGCUACAGGAGCCAUUGCUGGAAGCACUGAAAAUUUAUAUCAGAAAAAGACGACCCAACAAGCCUCACAUGUUUCCAAAGAUCUUAAUGAAAAUCACAGAUCUUCGCAGUAUCAGUGCAAAAGGUGCAGAACGUGUCAUUACAUUGAAAAUGGAAAUCCCUGGAUCAAUGCCACCUCUUAUUCAGGAAAUGUUGGAGAACUCUGAGGGACAUGAACCACUGACACCAAGCUCCAGUGGAAAUACAGCAGAGCACAGUCCUAGCAUCUCACCCAGCUCAGUGGAUAAUAGCAGUGUCAGUCAAUCUCCACUUUUGCAAUAA